GUGAGGAGAAAGAGCGCUAGCUUCACUUGAUCUCCAGGCUCCAACCUCAGCAGGACUUGAGAGCAUCUGAACUUCUGGAUUUCAGGACAAGUGAAGAAGACUCCCUGGGUUAUAAAGAUGAAGAGUCUACUUCUUCUGGUGCUGAUUUCAAUCUGCUGGGCUGAUCAUCAUUCAGACAACUAUACUCUAGAUCAUGACAGAGUUAUUCACAUCCAAGCAGAAAAUGGCCCCCGUCUACUCGUGGAAGCAGAACAAGCCAGGGUGUUCUCAUACAGAGGUGGCAAUGUUACACUGCCAUGUAAAUUUUAUCGAGACCCUACAGCAUUUGGCUCAGGAACCCACAAGAUCCGAAUUAAGUGGACCAAGCUAACUUCAGAUUACCUCAAGGAAGUGGACGUUUUCGUUUCCAUGGGAUAUCACAAGAAAACCUAUGGAGGCUACCAGGGUAGAGUGUUUCUGAAGGGAGGCAGUGAUAACGAUGCUUCUCUGGUGAUCGCAGACCUCACCCUGGAGGAUUAUGGGAAAUAUAAGUGUGAGGUGAUUGAAGGAUUAGAAGAUGACACUGCUGUGGUAGCAUUAGAUUUACAAGGUGUGGUAUUCCCUUACUUUCCACGACUGGGGCGCUACAAUCUCAAUUUCCACGAGGCACAGCAGGCUUGUCUGGACCAGGAUGCUGUGAUUGCUUCCUUCGACCAGCUGUACAAUGCCUGGCGGGGCGGGCUGGACUGGUGCAACGCCGGCUGGCUCAGUGACGGGUCUGUGCAGUAUCCCAUCACAAAGCCCAGAGAGCCUUGUGGAGGCCAGAACACGGUGCCCGGUGUCAGGAACUACGGGUUUUGGGAUAAAGACAAAAGCAGAUACGAUGUUUUCUGUUUUACAUCUAACUUCAAUGGCCGGUUUUACUACCUGAUCCACCCCACCAAGCUGACCUACGACGAAGCGGUGCAGGCUUGUCUCAACGAUGGUGCUCAGAUCGCAAAAGUGGGCCAGAUCUUCGCUGCCUGGAAACUUCUGGGAUAUGACCGCUGCGAUGCGGGCUGGCUGGCGGAUGGCAGCGUCCGCUACCCCAUCUCGAGGCCGAGGAGACGCUGCAGUCCCACCGAGGCUGCCGUGCGCUUCGUGGGGUUCCCAGAUAAAAAGCAUAAGCUGUACGGUGUCUACUGCUUCAGAGCAUACAACUGAGUGUGCCCCUAGAGCACAUCAGUUUUAAAGUCAUUAAGAACAUGUGAAAGGUUUUUUGUGUUUUUGUUUUUUGUUUUUUUUUCAACACGAACUCAUGCAAGUUACCAAAACUGUGAUAACCCUUUUUUACUUACUGGAAAGAGUCAUUUUCAUAAAGACCAAUUCAUGAAUUUGUUUUUGUAAAGCUAUCAUUCAAUAUAUAUUAUAAAUUAAUAUAAUUUUAAGGGAAGCGCUAGAUAAGGAGGCUUUAGAGACAAUUGUUUAGGCUACAUCAUUCCCAGUGAAGUAUCCUUUCAUGAACGGGGCAUGCAAUAGCUUAAGGGUUGCGAGGAUUAAAUUAAGGAAAGUACAGCUACUCAGAGCAGCAGUUUCCACAAGCACAAAUUUUACACAUUUGUACAAUUUUGAAAUGCACUACAAUCUACAGAUUAGAGCAACGGAUUUGAAAUACAGUCUUCUUUACAUAAACUGAGAUUCUGAGAGGUUGCACGAAACUCAGUUUCACAAGGGAACAAUCUACACUUUUCUAAAAGGUAUUAUUUCAAGACUCCAAUAAACAGAACGUUUUAGUCUUUAAAAUCCUGCCUUUUUGACCAAAAAAUAAAAAAAAUUCAUAUGGACUCCAAUGCAUAGUAACAAGCACAGUUAAAACUCUUUAAUAACCCCAUUUAUAUGAAGUAUGAAACGUAAAUACGCAGAUAAUAUUUAACCAAUGAGAGACUCCUAUCUUCUUUUAAUUGAAAUGACACAUACCUGAGAAGAAUCGUUAAAUCUUUUGAGUAGC